UAGUCAUUUCAACAUUAUCACUGUAACGAUGGGGUCUGGUUAUAGUGUAGAUGAACACAACCAAAACCUUCUACAACAUUUGAUACCUGGGGAUGUCGUAGCCUUUACCCGUGGGUCAUUUACAGAAUACGCAUUAUUUGUAGGCAACUCCAAAGUGAUACCUAUUUACUGCAGUACUCUACACUAUGCAGCUACAGAUUUGAAAGCAAUGACAUUGGACUUCAUAACGUUUGCAAACGGUGACAAGGCCGAGAAAGAUAAAACAGGGCGCUAUGAUCUACUAGUGGAGGACUUCAUAGAGUCUUAUAACAAGGCUUUUGUUGAUCAGCUUCAUCAAGGCGAUCUGGUCAAGUUCCACAAAAGGUUUUACACCCACUGGGCGGUGUAUGUAGGAAAUAGGAUGGUGAUUCACAUGGCAGGCAAUGUGAAGAAUUUGGCACUUCAAAAAGCCGACGUGGUGGAGCUAAGUCUCAAGAGAGCUGCUGACGGUUCUAUGGCUUUUCUGGGAAACGAGAUGGAUGGCCAGUGGAAACCACUACCACCCGCCCACAUAGUAAAGAGAGCGAGAGCCCAAAUUGGAGAAGUCUACUACAAUAUUCUAUGCCACAACUGUGAACAUUUCGCCAAAUGGUGCAGGUACAACAGGGAUCGAAGUGGUCAGGCAGAGAAAUACUUCCCCAAACGUAUGUGCCAGUUACUGGUUCUAACAGGCGACUACAGGGAGCCGGUAACUUACACACAGACAGACGGUGGCGACUACGUGUACAGCAGUUCUGCAUGUCCGAUUUUCUAAAAAGUCAAAUGAAAAAAAAAAAAAACUGUGUAGUAGCGGAGCUUGACCUUACGACUGUGACUUUUGGUGUGACUUCAAGGGUUUGUAUGUUGGUUGACAGUCAACACCCUGCGUGAGAUGACUUC